AUGGUCGCACGCUCGCCGCAACGGAGGCGCAGAGCCUUCCGCGCCCCUGGUCCAAAACCAUGUGGCCGACCCUGCAUGGCGCACAAGCCGUGAAUCCUCUCGCACUUGGCCACUGGUCGCAUAUCAUUCCCAAACGAGCGUCGGCGAGAGGUGCUGCUUCGAAGCGCGAAACCCCACCCAUCGAAGGCAAGCAGCCCCUGCCCAAAAAAAGCCGAACUUAAAAGGGAAGCAAGAAAUCCCGAGUCAAGCAAAUAGAACAAAUAAAAAUGAAUCGAGAAAGGUAAAGGGAAAUAAGGUAAAAUAAGAGUAAAUGGAGUAUAAUCCAGUUCAUUUAGGCGUCAGGAUGGCUUUGGUUUUGUUCCUACAAUCAAGGACUCAAAGUUUCCAUUGUCAACAUCUGCAUUUGGAGUUCGGCCAUUUUUGUCCAGGAGGCGGCACGUUGGCGUUGGGCCGACCGCUAAAGAGGCAAAAGAAGCAGCAAAUGCAACCACGCUUGCGCCCCUGGUUGAUUGCCCCAUUCCGCGCGGGAAGGACGGCAGCAAGAUGUCCAGCUGUCAGUUCGUUUGUUUGUUAGUUAGCAUCUGGCUUUCCACGAGGGAGUGGAUGGCCGAUGAAGGAAAACGAGGAAAUGAUUCCGCUAUGGUACCGUACAUACAGAUUCCAAGAAGUUCCACGGCAACAAA